AUGGCGUCUUUAACAGAAGCCGAGAAAAAGGCAAACCACGUCAUUUCCUUGCCAAAGCCACCGCGUGUGUCUUCUCUCGGAAAACCUGUCGACGCACAAGCUGUUGCACAGCAAUGGCUUUCCGGGUUGGAAACAGCGCUUUCAUCUCCCUCUAUAACCAGCGACCAGAUCGAGAACCUAUUCCACAGUGACUCGUAUUGGCGCGACCAUAUUGCCCUGCAAUGGGACUUCCGAACAAUCCAGUCGGUCUCAAAGAUCACUUCGUUUCUCCAAGAAUUCCAACCGGUCUGCCAACUCUCGAAACUCUCGCUACAAGCAGAUGGAAAAUAUGUCCCGCAUAUCAGUACGCCCGAGGAUGGAAACCCUGGUAUUGACUUCUUAGCUUCCAUGUUCCAUUUCGAAACAAAAGUUGGACAAGGGACAGGAAUCUUGCGAUUGACCCUCAAUGAUGCGGGCGAUCAAUGGAAGGCAUAUGCGAUUUACACCUCACUGCAAGAACUGAAAGGAGUAGAAGAACCGCUUGGUCCAAAGCGAGUCUACGGGACCCUGGAUAGCAUGCCUAACGGUUCUGCCGGAGGUACCUGGAAAGAGAGGCGAGAGAAGACUCUGAAGCUGGAGGGUGGCCAGCAACCAACAGUUUUGAUCAUUGGUGCCGGACAAUCCGGACUCAACCUCGGAGCACGUCUUCAGUCUCUUGGCGUAUCAACUCUCCUUGUCGACAAACACGAGAGAGUCGGAGACAACUGGCGUAAGAGAUACCGAACACUGGUCACCCAUGACCCUGCCGAGUUCACACAUCUUGCCUAUCUUCCGUUCCCCAAGAACUGGCCACAAUUCACUCCAAAGGACAAACUAGGCGACUGGUUUGAAGCAUACGCGAGCAUCAUGGAACUCAACAUUUGGACAAGCACGACUGUUUCCUCUGCCUCAUUUGACGAUAACAAGUCCGAGUGGACCGUGGUCGUCACCAAACCCGAUGGCUUUGAGCGAACCAUCCGUCCACAACAGGUAGUUUUUGCUACUGGCCAUUCUGGCGAGCCCAAAAUCCCAACGUUCCCUGGUCAGGACAAUUUCAAAGGCACCAUAUACCAUGGAUCUCAGCACCGAGACGCUAGCGAAUAUGAUGUCCGCGGCAAAAAGGUGGUUGUUGUCGGUACGGGAAAUAGUGGUCAUGAUAUUGCCGAGAACUUUUAUGAGAAUGGAGCAGAAGUGACCAUGCUGCAGCGUCAAGGAACAUAUGUGCUCUCACUUGACAAGGCCGUGUUCAUGUUGCACGAGGGAACGCAUGACGAAUGGGGGCCACCCACCGAACAAGCAGAUAUCUGGGGCGAGUCACUUCCGUACCCAAUCGGCCUGGCCUUUAGCGUAUAUCUCACCCAGCGAAUCUCGGUAGUGGACAAGGAGAUGCUCGAGGGACUGGACAAAGCAGGCUUCGAAGUGUACAAGGGAAUUGACAAUGGCGGUAUCUCGCGGUUGUACUACACUCGCGGAGGUGGUUAUUACAUCGACGUCGGAGCCAGCAAGCACAUCAUUGACGGAAACAUCAAGGUGCACAAGUCACCCGAGGGUAUUAAGGGAUUCGAACCACAUGAAUUGGUUCUCGCAGAUGGGAAGAAGCUGGAUGCUGACUUUGUCGUUCUGGCGACUGGGUUUGACAACAUGCGGACAACGGUGAGGAAAGUGCUUGGAGACAAAGUCGCGGACCGGUGCAAGGACGUAUGGGAUCUCGACGAGGAAGGCGAGCUACAGGCGAUAUGGCGACCCUCUGGACACCCCAACUUUUGGUACAUGGGCGGCAAUCUUGCGUUGUGCCGAAUCUACUCCAAGUUCCUAGCACUACAGAUCAAGGCUACUGAACAAGGACUUAUUCCCAAGGUUCAACCGAAUGGGCUUCCUAAUUGA